UUGUCCCUCUAAGUUUUGUGUCACAAGUAUAUUUCUCUUUUCCUCCGAAGACUCUUUCAAAUGCACAUAUACGAAUCUGGCAAAUGCUCCGCUCAAUACUCUAAAGCUUCAGAAGAGUGAUUCAAAACAGCAGUAUCCUCAUUCCUGGUUUAUUUCGUACUUUGAUUCUCUCUUGUUCUUCACAAGAUUCUAAGUGGCUCUGAAUUUGAUUGCAUAGGCAGAUCUUUCCGCCUGAGAUGGGGAAGAAGGGUGGAGGUGGUUGGUUCUCGUCGGUAAAGAAAGCUUUCAAGUCUUCUUCUAAGGGCUCGCCGGUGCCAGAGAGGAAGAAGGAAGAUGAAGUGAAAUGGCAACAUGAAGCACCCGAGGUUGUGUUGUUUGAGCAUUUUCCUGCAGAGAGUUCUCCUGAUGAUAUUACCAAUGAGGAGAGCACCACGUCGACGCCUGUGACUGAAGAUGGACGACGUGCUGUUGCUGCAGCAACUGCCGCAGCUGCCGAGGCAGCAGUUGCAGCCGCCCAAGCAGCGGCGAGAGUUGUUCAGAUGGCAGGUUAUGGACGCCAAUCUGAGGAAGAUAUAGCAGCAACAAUCAUUCAAUCAUACUACAGAGGCUACCUAGCUCGACGUGCACGGCGUGCUUUGAAGGGAUUGGUGAGACUGCAAGCGCUUGUGAGAGGUCACAAUGUGAGGAAGCAAGCGCAAAUGACAAUGCGUUGUAUGCAAGCGUUGGUGAGAGUGCAGGCCAAAGUUAGAGCUCGCAGGCUCCAGCUGACUCAUGACAAGCUUUACAAGAAUGUGAUGGAACAUGAUUUAGCGCCCAUGAGUCCCUUGUACAGGGAUGGUUGGGACAAUAGGCGUCACAGUUUCCAGAGAAUCAAUGAAAGUGACCUGUGGAAACAUGAAGAUGCAUUGAAGAGGGAGAGAGCUCUUGCUGACGCUUAUAAUUAUCAGCAACAGAACCGGUCACCGCAUCCAGGCCUGAAUCUUGGAGAAGAAAUAGAAACAUAUUCCAGUGAACUUGAACAAGCCAAGCGGGGUUGGAACUGGUUAGAGCGUUGGAUGUCCUCUCAACAAAAUCAGGCCAGGCACUUGGGGCCGCCAGAGACCUCUUAUUACAUGACCCACGCUACUACAACCACCGCCACCACCGCUGAUGACAUGUCUGAGAAGACGGUGGAAAUGGACAUUGGGAGCACCACCAUCAGGGGCCAAGGCCUUCUUCUGGACUCAAGCCCAAUUCCCAAUAGGCGGUCCAAUGACAUACAACCCCAGCCCAACACAGGCGUACCUAGCUAUAUGGCCCCAACCCAGUCUGCAAAGGCCAAGCUAAGGCUUGGUCCCGGCCCAGUCAAGCCACGUGGCUCUCCUGUGCCAGCGUGGAAUUCUUCAACAAGGAAGAGCUACGUCAUGGGGUCGGGCUGCGACUCCUCCAGCUCAGGGGGAGGAACGGCAAACUACCUGUUUAUGAGGAGCCCAGGCCCGAAAAUUGGCGGGGCUCCUCUGCAGACUAGACGGAUUGCGGGAGGAAGCUCAGAAUUUGUGGGUAGUGAGGAUUGGACACUGCCUCUGGGAGCCCAUGCUUGGGCAUGAUGUUAAUUUCUUAUAUAUAAUAAUUAUCAUCAUAAUUUCCAAAAAUUUCUAUACCCAAAAAAAAAAUUAUCAUCAUAAUAUAUUAGGACUGGAUAGGGUGGGUGGUCAAUGCGUUGUAUUUAUAGAAAUGUAAUAAUGUUCUUUGUUGUUGUGAACAAAUCAUAAAUCAAACAUUUAAAAAGGUGUUUUGUGUAAUUUUCUUUAGUUCUAGGGUGAAUCCGAGUU